UAUGUGAUAGGCUUCUGCUGAGAACACUGAGUGGCACCUGUGUGGAUUCACGGCUCGGCUUCUGCCGGUUCAGCCAGUCAACCCGUGUUCUCUUGUCCUCCCUACCUUUCCAGGAACUCGGAUUCAGCAUUCAGGCUGGUGGAAGAGAGUCUUAGGCAUUCUCAAGGCUCUUGUGGUGGUGCUCUUCCAGCCAUUUCCGCAUUGCUGAGGGUGUUGUUCUGUCUGUCGCUCCGUGUGUUCGUCUGUUGCUCAGGCGACACUAACAACUCUUACCUUUCUCAUCUUGCUUGCUUGUCACUGCUGUAGAUGUGCAUCUUCUAAGCCUAGCUUCGCCAUUGAUGCUAAAGUAGAGCACCUAAUCCUGGGAAAGGGAAUUGCACAGUCCAGCACUGAAGUGACGGUAGAAUCACAGCGGAGGAGGUUACGUUGUGCCCCGUACUCGGAGAACCCUUCUCCCGAGCUGAUUCCAGAGAGAAAGUCGCCAUGGCUGGUGUUUCGUCAAAAAUCGCUUUCUCAAAGAGCUGUUUGCUAUUAACAAGCUCCAAGGGGAAAUCCCCUGCUGCGAGGAAGGUGGCCGUCAGCCAUUCAGUCAGUGCCUCGCUGACUGCCGGCGGGGGGAUCCCAUCAGACGGCAGCACACAGGAUGGCGGCCGGCGGCAGCAGGUGCAGCAGGGAGCAGCGCGGCGAAUGCCAGUGGCUCAGAAGGCCGUCGCAGAUGUUCAGAUGUCCAGCCAACUAGACUCCAUAGUGACCGAAGAGUUCAACUUCGAGGCGUACAUGAGGGCCAAGGCCAUAGCAGUCAACCAGGCGCUGGACGCGGCGGUGCCGCUGCAGUACCCCGAGCGCAUCCACGAGGCCAUGCGCUACUCGCUGCUGGCAGGCGGCAAGCGCGUGCGGCCGUGCCUGUGCAUCGCGGCGUGCGAGCUGGUGGGGGGUUCGCAGGAGACGGCCAUGGCGGCGGCGUGCGCGACGGAGAUGAUCCACACGAUGUCGCUCAUCCACGACGACCUGCCGUGCAUGGACAACGACGACUUCCGCCGCGGCAAGCCCACCAACCACAAGGUGUACGGCGAGGACGUGGCAGUGCUGGCCGGCGACGCCAUGCUGUCGUUCGCCUUCGAGCACGUGGCGCGCGCGACGCCGUCGUCGGUGCCGCCGGAGCGCAUCGUGCGGGUGAUCGCGGACCUGGGCAAGGCCGUGGGGUCGGAGGGCCUCGUCGCCGGCCAGAUCGUGGACCUGGACAGCGAGAACGAUCCGACGGUGGGCGUGGAGCGGCUGGAGUACAUCCACCGCCACAAGACGGCGGCGCUGCUGGAGGUGGCCGUGGUGGCGGGCGCCGUGCUGGGCGGGGCCAGGGAGGAGCAGGUGGCGCGCUUGCGCAAGUACGCCCAGUUCAUCGGACUCGGCUUCCAGGUGGUGGACGACAUUCUGGACGUGACCAAGUCCACGGAGGAGCUGGGUAAGACGGCGGGCAAGGACCUGGCGCAGGACAAGGCCACGUAUCCCAAGUUGUUGGGUUUGGAGCAGUCAAAGCAAUUGGCAGCGGAUUUGAUUCGCCAGGCGAAGGAGCAGCUGAGUGAUUUCGACCAGCGCAAGGCAGCUCCUCUCCUUGGCCUCGCUGACUUCAUUGCUUACCGCCAGAACUGAUGCCCUUGGAGCACAGGGGCUUUUACCAAUUUAUAUUUUUGUAUGCUUGUCCCCCCUAAGAUGCAUGAUCGUAGGAUGAAUCAAGCUAAUAAUUGCAAGCUAUAACACAUGCUGAUCAUGCCACGGGAAUCAAUUAUCUGUGCUCCACAUCAUGGUAAUAC